GCUCUGGGAUCUGUGUCUGUCACUGGAGCCAGGCAGGUUGGGAGGGCUUUCCAUAACUCCCCACAGAUUACCGGUUCCAGUCGACUUUUUCUGUCUUGAUCCUCAUCUCCUGUCCUAUUGUGACUAUAUCUCUCACUGUCUUUUUUUAUUCUUUCAGUUUCUAUAAACAUUUAUGCUACGUAAAUAUGGUCAGCAUCAGUUUGCAGCACACUGAAGAACAUCCGCACAACUGGAAUUAAAUUGUUUAAACUGACAACUGAAGGAGCUUUUACCUGACAUAUUUCAAAGGCUGUGCAGUGGUCACCCCUCCGUGCUGACAGAGAGAGUCCCUGUCGGCCUGAUGUCUUCGGUUGUAGCCCCGGAAAAGCCCACCUCCAACACCAUGGGCCCCAAAGAGGUGGAGCUGAUCUUGGUGAAGGAGCAGAAUGGGGUUCAGUUCACCUCGAGCACCAUUGUGGCUCCGACUCCUGCUCAGAUCAACCAGAGUGGGGAGGAGGAGAGGGAGACCUGGGGGAAGAAAAUCGACUUCCUUCUGUCUGUGAUCGGAUUUGCCGUGGACCUCGCCAACGUCUGGAGAUUUCCCUACCUCUGCUAUAAGAAUGGAGGAGGUGCGUUUCUGGUGCCAUACAUGUUCUUCAUGGUGAUAGCAGGCAUGCCUCUCUUCUACAUGGAGCUGGCUCUGGGACAGUAUAACAGAGAGGGGGCAGCAGGCGUCUGGAAGAUCUGUCCCAUAUUUAAAGGUGUAGGCUUUACAGUGAUCCUCAUUUCCCUCUACGUUGGUUUCUACUAUAAUGUCAUCAUCUCCUGGGCGCUGUUCUACCUCUUCUCCUCGUUCACCAGCGAGCUGCCGUGGGUCCACUGCAACAACAGUUGGAACAGUCCUAACUGCUCCGACUGGGCUGACAACAGCUCAGUCGGUGACAUUUACAAGGCCACCCCUGCUCAGGAGUACUUUGAACGAGGCGUGCUCCACAUCCAGGACAGUAAUGGUAUCGAUGAUCUGGGCCGUCCACGUUGGCAGUUGACUUCCUGUCUCGGCGUAGUGAUUGUUCUGCUCUACUUCAGUCUCUGGAAGGGAGUCAAGACCUCUGGCAAGGUUGUGUGGAUCACAGCCACAAUGCCCUAUUUGGUCUUGACUGUACUGCUGAUCCGCGGAGUCACUCUGCCCGGAGCCAUCGAUGGCAUUAAGGCCUACCUCUCGGUGGACUUCCUGAAACUCUGUGACGCCAAGGUCUGGAUCGAGGCAGCAACACAGAUCUGUUUCUCUCUGGGAGUGGGGUUUGGUGUGCUAAUUGCCUUUUCCAGCUACAACAAAUUCAGCAACAACUGUUACAGAGACGCCAUCAUCACCAGCUCCAUCAACUCCUUAACCAGUUUCUUCUCCGGCUUUGUGGUCUUCUCCUUCCUUGGGUACAUGUCCCACAAGCACAACGUAGCCCUGGAUAAAGUUGCCCGAGAUGGUGCUGGUUUGGUGUUUGUCAUUUACCCAGAAGCCAUUGCAACAUUACCUGGAUCAUCCGUGUGGGCUGUUAUCUUCUUCAUCAUGCUGUUGACUCUGGGCAUUGACAGUGCUAUGGGCGGGAUGGAAUCGGUGAUCACAGGUCUGAUUGAUGAGUUUAAAUGCCUCCACAAGCACAGAGAGCUGUUCACCCUCUUCAUUGUUGUUUCCACCUUUCUCAUAUCCCUCUUCUGUGUUACUAAUGGUGGGAUGUAUGUGUUCACUCUGCUGGACCACUUUGCGGCAGGAACAUCGAUUCUCUUUGGAGUGCUUAUUGAAGCCAUCGGCAUUUCAUGGUUUUAUGGAGUGGACCGAUUCAGUGACGACAUUGAAGAGAUGAUUGGCCAGCGACCAGGCAGGUACUGGAGGCUGUGCUGGAAGUUUGUCAGCCCCUGCUUCCUCCUGUUUAUGGUGGUUGUGAGCUUUGCCACGUUUAACCCUCCGAACUACGGCACCUACACCUUUCCUCCAUGGGCUAACAUGGUGGGGUGGUGUCUGGCCAUUUCCUCAAUGUCCACGGUGCCUCUCUACGCCAUCUACAAACUCUGCACACUGCCUGGAAAGUUUUGCGAUAGACUGGCUUAUGCCAUCACCCCAGAGACGGAGCACCAUUUGGUAGAUAACGGGGAGGUUCGGCGGUUUACACUGAAUCACUGGUUGGUGGUCUGAACAGUAAAGAGAGAAAGAAAGAAAGAGAGAGAGAUGAUGAGAAAAUGUACAUUGGGUGGAUGAAUGAAUGCACAGCAAAGGUCUGAAGAACUAAGAUGAAAAAAGAAAUGGUCAUUUAAAUUGAUCGCGAUGGUGGUUGCGGGGGUGGGAGCGGUCUAAAAGUUCAGACAAAAAAGAAACCAUAGACAUUGUAGUGUGUUUUAAUUUCAAAAGUGGAUGUGUGGAACUGUGCAUUGACCCUCUCCACCAUUGAGUUCACGCUGGUGAAUGGGAUUCAGUCAAACACGUAACGUGGUGUUUACACUGCUUCUUCCAUAAUACAAAACUCUUCCUGAAUGGAAUUGCAAUGUUUUUUCUUUCAUUACAAUUAGAAAAUAGUAAAUAUUAUUUUCAUGGUCAUGGGUGAAGAUGUCGCAGAGAUGCACACAACAUCUGGAAGAAUUUAUUGGAUUGUUUUUGCAAAUAAAGAACAUUUAGAUUUUUCCUUUAUUUUCUCAGUUUAUUAUUAUCAAGCAGUAUCUGACAU